AAACACGCACAUCCUCCUCAGACCAAAUGCGCCGUUGAGCGGUCGGGCCUAUUUGGGGCUUUCUAAAGUUAGAAUUAAAACCGUUGGGACUAAGCAAAAACAUGGGCCUUCAGCUGCACACAGUCUUGAGUAUUAGAUGGUGAUCUGUGCGCUUCACUAAGCAGGUUUUGUGUCGUCGCAGAGCGCAGCUCGUCGUUUUCGCGGCCGUUGCGGAGGGGAUUGUUAUGACAUUAUUCUCUUUGUCUCGCGCUGCACAAACACAAGACCGUCUUUCUCGCUGAAAGAGCCUUUUUCAGCCAUCGCUGCAAAUCUAGGUAUUGUUAACGACCCAAUUCUAACUUAUUCUCACCGGUCCAAUCGAGGGAUUGAAUCAUGUCGUUGCACGGUAAACGAAAAGAGAUCUACAAGUACGAGGCGCCAUGGACCGUCUAUGCCAUGAACUGGAGCGUCAGACCCGACAAGCGCUUUCGCCUGGCGCUCGGCAGCUUCGUUGAGGAAUAUAACAACAAGGUCCAGCUGGUGGGUCUCGAGGAGGAGAGCUCAGAGUUUGUAUGCAGGAACACCUUCGAUCAUCCGUACCCAACCACCAAGAUCAUGUGGAUUCCCGACACCAAGGGCGUCUAUCCAGACCUGCUGGCCACCAGCGGAGACUAUCUGCGCAUUUGGAGGGUGAAUGACACCGAGACCCGUCUGGAGUGUCUCCUGAAUAAUAACAAGAACUCUGAUUUCUGUGCACCUCUGACAUCUUUUGACUGGAAUGAAGUGGAUCCCAAUCUUCUGGGCACUUCUAGUAUUGAUACCACCUGUACGAUCUGGGGUUUAGAGACAGGACAGGUCCUAGGAAGGGUCAACCUGGUGUCAGGCCAUGUCAAAACACAGCUAAUUGCUCACGACAAGGAGGUGUAUGACAUCGCAUUCAGCCGUGCGGGUGGAGGUCGCGAUAUGUUUGCGUCUGUGGGAGCAGACGGAUCCGUGCGCAUGUUUGAUCUGCGACACCUGGAGCACAGCACCAUCAUCUAUGAGGACCCUCAACAUCACCCACUGCUGCGCCUGUGCUGGAACAAACAGGACCCCAACUACUUGGCCACUAUGGCCAUGGAUGGCAUGGAGGUGGUGAUUCUGGACGUGCGUGUGCCGUGCACACCUGUGGCUCGUCUCAAUAAUCAUCGUGCCUGUGUGAACGGCAUCGCAUGGGCGCCCCACUCCUCCUGUCACAUAUGUACAGCAGUAGCGGACGAUCACCAGGCUCUGAUCUGGGACAUCCAGCAGAUGCCGCGGGCCAUCGAGGACCCCAUCCUGGCUUACACGGCCGAGGGAGAGAUCAAUAAUGUGCAGUGGGCCUCCACUCAGCCCGACUGGAUUGCCAUUUGCUACAACAACUGUCUGGAGAUCCUGCGGGUGUAGAGCCGAGGCUUAAAGCGCCUCUGUGCUUCCUGCGGGCAGCAUUGCUGGAAGAGAGUCUUUCAUGGAGCAGAGACUUGUUUUCUAAAGUUCCUGAGGUCUGGGGGUUUCAAGCGGGAAACUGUAUGAACGGGCCUAUGGGAAUAACAGUCUGAACAAUGUGUGUGCAACUUUUGUCUGGGAGAAUGAAGCCGUGUGAAUGAGUAUCUGUGUUUCUGCACAAUAUAUCAUAUUUGUCUGUUUUCCUACUUGCCGGUGUCCCAGAGUCCUCAUAAUGGGAUCUUAAACUAUCUUUAACCGGUAAAAAACAUUUUUGAAAACUAGGAUCAGAAAGAUGUUUUUACUUACUUACCAUUUUAUUAAGAUGUAAUUACUUACUUCAAAGAUUAACACAAUUUUAAAGGUCCUCUGAACUUCAGAUCCUGUUUUUAUUUUUUUUUUCCAUUUCAGGAAGGUGCCAUUUUUUUUGUAUCCCUGGAAAUUGUUAAAUACAGAAUAGUAUGGAGAUAAAAUGCUUGAUGUCACUGCAAAACAUUCAUAAUUGUUCCUCAGACACGCUCACGAUUCACAAAGCGGUUAGUUGCGCUGUUGAAGUCAAUGUUUGAGUGGGCAAUGUCUUUUCCAUUUAAAGAUGCAUUACUGAAAGUUCCUGUUAUAUUUUUCCCCAUGUUCUUUUUCAUUAAAAAAAAGUUAAUCCCCUUUCAGCAUGCUUGUGCUCGAAGUGAAAUGUGUACUGUAUACAUAUAUAAUUAUUAUGUACAAGGUAGGACAAAAGUGUCACUUUUGCAGAAUAACUUUGCAUUGCGAGUCAUUUGGUCGGUCCAUGAAACUGUUCUGUUGUUACACAAAUAUGAUGUAGUAGUAACACCACACUUCUCGGUCGAAUCAAAAGUGAAUCUGCGAGGCUGUGUGGGAUCCUCAUCCUCACCUCACACUCUUAGAUGGAGUGUUUAAAUGUAAGUAGUUCUGUGUGUGUCCAGCCAUGAUGCUUUUCUAUUAAUAAACUCACUUAAUAAACUCUUGUUCUUUCAUAAAGCUUUCUGUUAAUUAAUCAUGUAAAGGUCAGCC